GGCGCUAUCAUUUUCAGCCAAUCGGCUGCUCGUUUGUAACAGGUUUCAGCUGGCGUCACGGCCGUGGCGGAAACGCGCAUUAGGAAAGGAAGGAGGUUAUGAGAGGCAUCGUGAUCGCGCUUAUCAUGUUUGGCUGCUAAGUUCCUCCGGUGUGUCAGGCCGAUCAUUAUGGGGGAUCCAGGACCCCGAGACGGGAUGGACCCUGACCGACCGACGGCUGCGAAGAAUUCACUGAGGCGGUUCAUACCGGGAUAAAAAUAUUUUUUGUGAGCAGUCAUAAACAAGCAGUCAGUGAGCUGCAGAGGAGGCGGUGUUUGCUGGGAUUCAAUCAGAGCCACAGUUGCGGCUGGUAGGUUAACGAGGAGAGGGGGACGUGAGGAAACUGGGAAGGCAGCACUUUUUAAACACCUCGGGAUCCGAAGGGCGACGAUAAUGGAUGAAUUGUUGAUUAGAAGCCGGCCCGGUCAGCCCAACACAGUCGGAGCAGGGUGGGUUCAUCCGGUGUGAAAUCAGUCGGCGGUAAUCUGUUGGCCUCUCCUCCGCCGGGCGGCGAUGUCCGCGUUCUGCCUAGACCUGCAGACGUCUGCCGUGGUUUCAGCACCACUGGAGCUGGACAGCGACUGCAUGGAGUCCCGGGCUAGCCCCACCGCUCAGGAGCCCGGCGGCUUUCAGGGUCAUCCGCUGCGGCACGCCGGUUCCGGAGGCCUCGGCAUGGCCUUGGAGGAGGAACUGGCCAUGCUUACCGGGGAGCGGGGAGGUGAGGAGCAGCUGUCAGACCCAGAGACGCCUGCGGUGGGGCAUAACGCAGACUUGCUGUCGCUCUUUCGCCAAAAGGAAAAAGACUUGGUUUUAGCUGCUAAACUCGGCAAAGCGUUGCUGGAGAGAAACCAAGACUUGACCAAGCAAUAUGAGAAAAUGCACAAAGAUCUCAACGAGAAAUUGGAGCACUUGGAGCAAGAGAAGCAUGAGCUGCGACGGCGUCUGGAAAGCCGGGAGGGGGAAUGGGAGGGCCGGGUGGCCGAGCUGGAGACGGAUGUCCAGCAGCUGCAGGGCGAGCUGGAGCGACAGCAAGUCCAGCUGAAAGAAGCUGACAGGGACAAGACCAAGGCCAUCAGCGAGCUCUCAGAACAGAACCACAGACUGCUGGAGCAACUCAGUAGGGCUGCAGAGGUGGAGAGGCAGCUGUCCACUCAGGUCCAUUCAUUACGGGAUGACUUCAGGGAGAAGAGUGUGUCCACACGCCAGCACAUGACACGACUAGAGACUCUACAGGCUGAGCAAGGGCUAGAAAUUAAGAUGCUGUCAGAAAGGAAGAUGGAGUUGGAGCACCGAGUGCAUGCCAUGCUCGAGGAGAACGAGUUGCUGCAGAAUACUGUGGAUGAGCUCCGGGAGAGGACGCUGGUGCUGGAGAAGCAGUGUCACGAGAAGGACCUCCAGUUGCGGCAGAGCCAGCUGGAGCUGCUGGAGGUCCAGGUGUCCCACAGGCAGCUGGCCGCUAGGUUGGAGGAGCUGACGGAGGAGCACAGCCUCCAAACUCUGACCCCCCAUCCCUCCAGCCUGCUGUGCGAGAUAGAGCAAAGUAUGGAGCAGGAGGAGCAGGAGCAGGAGAGGGAGCAGCUACGUCUUCAGCUAUGGGAGGCCUACUGUGAAGUUCGCUCACUUUGCUCUCAUCUGCGGGGAAACGAUGUCACGGAUUCAGCGCUGUCCACUGACUCUUCCAUGGACGAGUCCUCUGAGACUUCCUCAGCCAAGGAUGUGCCUACUGGGAGCCUCCACACCAGCUUGCUAGAGCUACGGAGGCUCACUCAGAAUCUGCUGGAUGGCAAUGAGUCUACGGGCUCACGGCGUAGUGAUGAGGAGGCUCUGGAGGAGCAGGUGAGGAAACUGGGAGAAGAGUUACGGGAAGUCAGAGAGCUGUAUGAGGCGGAGCAGGACAAAACACGCGGCAAUGAAGAGGAGCUGCUGCAGCUGCACAACCAGGUGGCACUGCUCUCUGUAGAGAUGCGCUCUCUCCAAGAAGAAAACGAGCGAAUGAGGACAAUGGCUGAAGUUCGAGAACCCAGCGAGCAGCUCCAGAGUGCGAUCAGAGACCGAGACGAUGCCAUAGCUAAGAAAAAAGCGGUGGAAAUGGAGCUGGCCAAAUGUAAAAUAGACAUCAUGUCUCUGAACAGCCAGCUGUUGGACGCCAUCCAGCAGAAGCUCAAUUUGUCGCAGCAGCUGGAGGCUUGGCAGGAUGAUAUGCACAGAGUGAUUGACCAGCAGCUGAUGGACAAGCACCAGGACGAGUGGCGCGCGGCCCCUACAUCUCUGUCGGGGUCGUCCGUAACCCACAGGGGUCAGUCCUCAAGAAGAGCUCAGCGCAUCUCCGACCGGGACAAGAGACUUUUCUCUUUUUUCAAAAAGAACUGAACCCUAUCAUGCUGGCCCUGAGCACAGCCGACAGACGCAGACGGACGAGGCGCAGGACAAGGAGGGUAGUGACAUCCCAAUACAGGGGGUAAAAACACAGCCAAAGACAGGCAGUGGCACAUGCACACUGAGGUAUUUUUUUGGGGGGGGGAGUGGGUCAUUUUGCACUUUAUCUGUCCCAUUAUUCUUCUCCUUAGUGAUUAAUUGGUGACUGCUGACAGUGAGUGAAAUGUUGAGAACUUCCCCAGAGGCUUUGGCUUAAGCCCCUCACAUAGAAAGCAAUUGAUCUUACAGAGCAUGAACAGGGUCAUGAAAUGUACCUCCAGAAGGGGAGGUUUCGUUGUAGUGCCUAAAACUAUCUCUACUACCCCACUGCCAACUCUGUAGAGAAAGAAGACUAUUUAUUAACUCUUACUGUAUGCAUCCCAGUUAGCAGGCCAAGGAGUCUGGGGAAAGACGGGAAGAUACGUGUGACCAAGCAGGAUCGCGAAGAAAAGAUGAGGAUAGUUGGAGAAAGCUAUAAGUCUAUAAUACUAUAAGACAUGAUGACAGAAUAUGACCGCUAUCCUCCAGGUACAGAGCAACAGUGCUCCAGUCAGCCCAUGUGAUCGCUCAGGUUUAUUCAUUUGUUCAGGGGAACAUGAGGCUUGAUGUAUCAGGAAUAUAGAGUGUUGUUUACUUGGCUUAAGUGAGUGGGGGGGGGAAAUCCCCAUCAUUUACAGCCCCACAUCCAAACGCUCAGAGUAAGAAAAAAUAUCUCUACAGGGGUAUCACAAAUAUAUACAUACACUAUUAAAGCUGCACUAAGCAAUAUUUUUAUAGAAAUAAAUAGCUUAACAUUUGUUUGCUUUUUCUCAUUAAAUCCACGAAGACAUCACUAUCUUUAUUCCAUUAUUUUGAUUCCAACUUUUUUGGCCCUGAAAUUUAUUUGGCACAAAGAAACGUAUCUCUAAAACGACUGCUAAUGCUACAGCCCUUUGCCCAAUGGAUCAGUGAACCAUAGACUUUAUAGAAAAUUCUGGACUCUAUAGUUUUGAAACUUCAAUUUAAGCAUUUUGGCCUCUGCAUGUUGUGUUUUUGGAGCCAGAGCUUGGAUCAGACUGCGUUGAUAAGCUAAUUAGUGCUAAGUAGCAUUAAGAACAUACCAGAAAUUCAUUAACCAAAACUCCAGCAGAUGUUUUGUAUGGCACAGCUGCCGUAUAUAUUUUCAGAAGAUUCUACUUAAAAAAGUUCAAAAAGAAAAGAAACCACAUAUAUGAUGUUUAGUUCAAUUUAGCAGAGGUGAAGCCUACAGCUUCUAGCUAGCUGUUAGCACACCUGCUAGUCAAAAGGACCACACCCAAGUUUAUAGCCUUGGGUUUAUACCCUAAUGGAAUAGUUAACUGUAAGGCUGUAAACAUGGAUUUUAACAUCCAUGUUAACAUGAGACUUUAGGGGAAUCACUCACUUUUGGAGCCAGCCUUAAGUGACUGCUGCAGGUAGUUUUUGGAACUGCUUUUUCAGCUCUGGGGAUGUGGUCAUGUUGCCAAACAACUUUAAUAAAAUUUGACAUUAUGUGUUUUUGAAGUAUUUGCAGAUAGUUCCAUUUGGAACAGUUGGUUUAGCUUUAAAGAAAUUAUUUUUCCAUUGAAAGCAGGAGAAGAAACUCAAAUCCUAAGUUUUUUUUUAUUUUUUUUAUUGUUUGUUUGUUUGUUUGUUUGUUUGUUUUGUAUAAUGCAACCAACACUCUCCGACACCUCUCCAGCCUACCUUUUACCUGUUGUACUUUACAACACUUUUUUCGGGUUAGUGUAAGUUUCUAGCUUCCUAACCCAAAAAGAAAAGGAUAAUAAUAUUUGUAUUAUAUUAAGAGAAUAUCUGAAUUGCGUGAAUGUGUAAUGAUCUGUGUUAUGAACACAGUCAGGCCUCCAUGUUCACCUCUGACACCUGAAUAAACCUUUGGGUAGCUCAAGUAAUUUACAAAGUCUGUCCAGCUGUUAUUUUUCUACAUUUAAUGUUAUAUUUAAGAUUUAAAAAUGUAUAAUUUUUUUUAAAUGAUAAUCUACUGUUGAAUAUUGUCCCCAUGAUGUCAAUCAUCUUCCUAGUUGACCAAAAUUUCCAAUAUGUUUACAUCAGCUUGAGAAGAAGGCAGAACUGCUGUAUGUAGAGUGCUCAUCAGCUCUCCAUGUCAACAACAACGUGUUGAAUUUCGCAUUGUUAAAAGGCAUGUCAGUGUACAGUAACGCCACAAAACGUCCUCCACAGUGGUCAGCAUCUGCUGCUUUGCUUUGCGUUUACCACUAUCAGAAAAGUUCUACCUCCAUUCUCAUUGCUUCAGUACUUCACGGGCACUUUGAUUUCUCGGCUGCGGGAUUCCGUUCUUUCCGUAGGUGACGUCUGUCGUCGAAAAGCACGCGUUGACCUGAAAAUGCAUGGACGACUCCCAGUGUGGUGCAGCGAUGUCUCUCAUGUCUGUCUGUGUUUGAACUCACGUCUAACGCAGCUGUGCAAACCUAUGCAGAUGUCUUUGUGUUGUCUCAGCUGGUUGUAGGGGGAGGAUCAACCCAAAGAAUGAUUUUUAUAUAAAAAAAAGUAAUAGGUUUGGAUGAAAUUGAUAUAUUUCUAUGAAAAAAAAUGUGUACCUUUUGAAUGAAAGUCUUUUUGUAGACAGAAGAACACCUGUAUAAUGUUGUUUGUAGACUGUAUUUUAUUUUCUUCUGUUUUCUUCUGUUUUUGUUGUUCUGGUGUGGCAUGCAGUAGAGAUUAUAGUCCCAGUCAAGUCAAUCCCAGGAGAUCAAACAACCUAAACUUUGCAUCAUGUCCACAGUCAUCCCUUAAAAACAUCACCUCACUUCAGUUUAUCUGACACGUUCUCAUACAACUUUUUGAUAAGGCAUCCCAUAUAAAUAGUUCAUAAAAUAUCACAAGUAGUUAACUACCACUAAAUUGCUUACUAAUGCUUUAGGGAUUAUUUAUGAACAUUGGUUGGGUUUUUAAGUUUGAUUGAGAAAAAUCAAACUGCUAAUAAAGGAAUAGCUUGUCAGGUUGCUAAAUAUGUGAACUUCCUGUUGGUAGCUGUUUGUUUAGAUGUGACUAUGUGUCUGAGUGCAAAUAUGACAUUUAUAACAUAUUGUCUGUGGCCUGUUGUGUAAAUGAAUCAACAGCCCACUUGCUCAUAACGCAAAAAUAGGUGACUUAUUUUAAAGAUCCCAAUAAGAGUCUGCAUAAGACAUUACAAUAAUAUCAGUUAUGUGUAUUAAUAGUUUGUUGACCUUUAAUGCAGCCUUUGAAAAAUCCCUCCAUUUACGGGUGUCUUAUCACAAAGUUCUCUGCUGCUCUGUUUGAUGUGAUGUGAUCAGAAACGUGUUCCCCCUUCUGGCAGAAAUAAGCAGUAAGUGUGAUGGAGUAUGGAUUUAAAAACUGGACCUUCAGAUUUGUGACUGGAUGACAGGUGUGAAAAAGCCCUGACUCAACACCAGUGGCUCCUGCCCAUCACCAGACUUCAGUUUGUUUGUUUUUUCAUCAUACUGUGUACCAUAUUCAGUUCUGUCAGCAUGGUGUUCUUUUCCUCAGUCGACUGUAUCCACUCCUUCAUUUUCCGACUGGAAGCAUUUUUAAAACUCUGUGUGCUGUGUCUCUGUGGUAAACAUCACGCUGCUGCCACCGUGGAGCGAGUGUGUCCAGGGGCAGACAGACAUGCCAUUGAAUGUUUGCUUGUGUCUCCUUGGGCGGAUGUUGUUUAGGAAUUUAAAGCUUUUGUUGGGCCGAUUGUGCUCCAUGUGAGUGCUUCCAUUCACCCAUGACUAACGGCACUGUUUCAGUUAGAAAAUGCUUCAAACUAUUCAAAAUAUUAAUCAUGCAAUUUUCUUAAGACUUUUUUGUUUGUUUGUUUUUGUACGAAUAAAUACUUUACAAUCAA